AUGAUCAGCUCUGGCUUGCAGCCAUUCGCUUCAGACUAUCUUGAGCUCUUCCCACCGGCCUGGCUGGCUCAGCUCCUGUUCCCAGCAUCUGGACCUGCCCAGGACUCAUUCCUACCAGCUGGUAAAGAUGGUAAAGAAGAGAGAAAUCCCUACAAAGAAGUUUACACUGAUAUGUGGGCCUCAGUAGAGCCUGAAGCUGCUGCCUAUGCCCCACCUCCACCAGCCAAAAACCGAAAGAGCACAGCAGAGAAGCCCAAGAUCAAAGAGAUCAUUGAUGAAUGCACAAGAGAGCGGCUGGUAUAUGAGGUGCAGCAGAAGUGCAGGAAUAUCGAAGACAUCUGCAUCUCCUGCGGGAGUCUCAACGUCAACCUGGAACACCCCCUCUUCAUCUGAGGAAUGUGCCAAAACUGCAAGAACUGCUUCUUGGAGUGUGCCUAUCAGUACGACGAUGACGGCUACCAGUCAUAUUGUACUAUCUACUGUGGGGGUCGAGAGGUCCUCAUGUGUGGGAACAACAACUGUUGCAGGUGCUUCUGUGUGGAAUGUGUGGACCUGUUGGUGGGACUAGGUGCUGCCCAGGCAGCCAUCAAGGAAGACCCCUGGAACUGCUACAUGUAUGGGCACAAAGUAACCUAUAGGCUGCUGCGGCGGCGAGAUGACUGGCCGACGCACCUCCAGAUGUUUUUCGCCAAUAACCAUGACCAAGAGUUUGACCCUCCCGAAGUUUAUCCCCCAGUCCCAGCUGAAAAACGGAAGCCAAUCCGGGUGCUAUCUCUUUUCGAUGGAAUUGCCACAGGACUAUUGGUGCUUAAGGACCUGGGGAUCCAGGUAGACCGCUACAUUGCCUCAGAGGUGUGUGAGAACUCCAUCACUGUGGGCAUGGUGCGGCACCAAGGGAAGAUCAUGUACCUGGGGGACGUCCGCAAUGUCACCCAGAAGCACAUACAGGAAUGGGGCCUUUUUGAUUUGGUGAUUGGAGGCAGUCCCUGCAAUGAUUUUUCUAUUGUCAACCCUGCUCGGAAGGGUCUUUAUGAGGGCACUGGAUGGCUCUUCUUUGAGUUCUACUGCCUUCUGCAUGAGGCCUGGCCCAAGGAGGGCAAUGACCGCCCCUGCUUCUGGCUCUUUGAAAACGUGGUGGCCAUGGGGGUCAGUGAUAAGCAGGACAUCUCACGCUUUCUAGAGUCCAACCCUGUGAUGAUUGAUGCCAAAGAAGUGUCAGCAGCGCACAGGGCUUGCUACUUCUGGGGUAACCUUCCCAGUAUGAACAGGCCAUUGGCAUCUACCGUGAAUGAUAAGCUGGAGCUUCAGGAAUGUUUGGAGCAUGGCAGCAUAGCCAAGUUCAGCAAAGUGAGGACCAUUACGACUAGGUCAAACUCCAUCAAGCAGGGCAAAGACCAGCAUUUUCCCGUCUUCAUGAAUGAGAGAGAGGACAUCUUGUGGUGCACUGAAAUGGAAAGGGUCUUUGGCUUCCCAGUCCAUUACACGGAUGUCUCCAACAUGAGCCAUUUGGCAAGGCAAAGACUGCUGGGCCAGUCGUGGAGUGUGCCUGUGAUUCACCACCUCUUUGCCCCCUUGAAGGAAUAUUUUGCCUGUGUAUAAGGGACAUGAGAAUGAACUGGGAUAGUGACAUCUAAUCAAAGCAAAACCAUCAAGAACAAGAGGAUGGAGAGAAGUAGCAGCACCCGGAAAAGAAAAAAGGAAUUAAAAACAAAACAAAACAAAACACACACACACACACACACACACACACAAAAACCCACCACAGAUAUGAAAACAUCACCGAGCAAAAGGGUUGGACAUCAUCUCCUGAUUUUUCAAUGUUAAACUUUGAUC